GGGCGCGGUCGGGGAGGAGACGAUGCCCCAGCCUGGAUCAGCGGCGCACUAGGUCUGGGCGGCGGGCCGGGUGCCCUGUGGCAGGCGGGCUGGGGUGCGUCCUCCCGGAGAGCACUCGGCGAUGGCCCCGCCGCGGGGCUGAGGCUGCGACCCCAACACCCCUCGCGCCCUCGCCAUGCAGAAAAGCGUGCGCUACAACGAGGGGCACGCCCUGUACCUGGCCUUCCUGGCGCGCAAGGAGGGCACCAAGCGCGGCUUCCUGAGCAAGAAGGCGGCCGAGGCGAGCCGCUGGCACGAGAAGUGGUUCGCUCUCUACCAGAAUGUGCUCUUUUACUUCGAGGGCGAGCAGAGCGGCCGCCCGGCGGGCAUGUACCUCCUGGAGGGCUGCAGCUGCGAACGGACGCCCGCACCACCCCGGACCAGCGCGGGACCCGCAGGCGCCCGGGACGCGCUGGACAAGCAGUAUUACUUCACUGUUCUUUUUGGGCAUGAAGGCCAGAAACCUCUGGAGCUGCGCUGUGAGGAGGAGCAGGCCGGGAAAGAGUGGAUGGAAGCCAUCCACCAAGCCAGUUACGCGGACAUUUUGAUUGAAAGGGAAGUGCUAAUGCAGAAGUACAUUCAUCUAGUUCAGAUCGUGGAGACAGAAAAAAUUGCCGCUAACCAACUUCGACACCAGCUGGAAGAUCAAGACACCGAAAUUGAAAGGCUUAAAUCAGAGAUUGUUGCUCUUAAUAAAACCAAGGAACGGAUGCGCCCUUACCACAGCCAUCAAGAGGAUGAGGAUCCAGACAUCAAGAAGAUUAAAAAGGUUCAGAGCUUCAUGCGAGGAUGGCUGUGCAGGAGGAAGUGGAAGACCAUCGUGCAGGACUACAUUUGUUCUCCCCAUGCUGAGAGCAUGAGGAAGAGAAACCAGAUCGUGUUCACCAUGGUGGAAGCCGAGACAGAGUACGUACACCAGCUCUACAUCCUGGUGAAUGGUUUCCUCCGGCCCCUGCGGAUGGCGGCCAGCUCCAAGAAGCCCCCCAUUAGCCAUGAUGAUGUCAGCAGCAUUUUUCUCAACAGUGAAACAAUCAUGUUCCUUCAUGAAAUAUUCCAUCAAGGACUAAAGGCAAGGCUGGCCAAUUGGCCUACUUUGGUUUUGGCUGAUCUGUUUGAUAUUUUGCUGCCCAUGCUGAACAUUUAUCAAGAAUUUGUGCGUAAUCACCAGUACAGCCUCCAAGUACUUGCCAACUGUAAACAAAACAGAGAUUUUGACAAGCUCUUAAAACAGUAUGAAGCCAAUCCUGCCUGUGAGGGGAGGAUGCUGGAGACAUUCUUGACCUACCCAAUGUUUCAGAUCCCCAGGUAUAUCAUCACGCUGCAUGAACUCCUGGCUCACACCCCCCAUGAACACGUGGAAAGGAAAAGUCUGGAGUUUGCUAAGUCAAAGCUGGAGGAACUGUCCAGAGUGAUGCAUGACGAAGUGAGCGACACUGAAAACAUCAGGAAAAACCUCGCCAUCGAAAGGAUGAUCGUGGAGGGGUGUGACAUUCUGCUGGACACCAGCCAGACUUUCAUCCGCCAAGGUUCUCUCAUUCAAGUACCUUCAGUCGAGAGGGGGAAGCUUAGUAAAGUCCGCCUGGGCUCCCUGUCUUUGAAAAAGGAAGGCGAGAGACAGUGCUUCUUGUUUACAAAACACUUUCUGAUUUGUACAAGGAGUUCGGGAGGAAAGCUGCAUCUGCUCAAGACAGGCGGCGUCCUCUCCCUCAUACAAUGCACGUUGAUUGAGGAGCCCGAUGCAAGUGAUGAUGACUCCAAAGGUUCUGGCCACAUGUUUGGACAUCUGGAUUUUAAAAUCGUAGUGGAGCCUCCAGAUGCUGCCCCUUUCACUGUGGUCUUGUUAGCACCUUCGCGCCAGGAGAAAGCUGCAUGGAUGAGUGACAUCAGUCAGUGUGUGGACAAUAUACGAUGUAAUGGUUUAAUGACUAUAGUCUUUGAAGAGAAUUCCAAAGUUACUGUGCCACAUAUGAUUAAGUCUGAUGCCCGUCUUCAUAAAGACGACACUGACAUCUGUUUCAGUAAAACGCUCAAUUCCUGCAAAGUGCCCCAGAUCCGCUACGCCAGCGUGGAGCGCCUCCUGGAGCGGUUGACAGACCUGCGGUUUCUGAGCAUUGACUUCCUCAACACCUUCCUGCACACCUAUCGCAUUUUCACCACGGCCACCGUGGUGCUGGCCAAGCUCUCAGACAUCUACAAGAGGCCUUUCACCUCCAUCCCGGUCAGGUCCUUAGAGUUGUUUUUUGCCACGAGCCCAAACAACAGAGGCGAACAUAUGGUGGAUGGGAAAUCCCCACGUCUAUGUCGAAAGUUCUCCUCCCCUCCUCCCCUGGCUGUGUCCAGAACAUCCUCUCCCGUGAGGGCCAGGAAGCUGUCCUUGACGUCUUCCUUGAACGCAAGGAUCGGAGCCUUGGACCUGACCACAUCAUCGUGUUCUAGCAGCCCCACCACCCACAGCCCUACAGCAUCCCCACCACCUCACACCGCAGCUGUCCUGGAGUCUUCACCAGCCGACCGAGCAGGGGACUCCACAGAACUGUCACCUUGCAGAUCCCCCUCAACUCCCCGGCACCUCCGAUAUCGCCAGCCUGGAGGACAGGCAGCUGACAGUAGCCACUGCUCUGUGUCACCUGCUUCUGCCUUCGCAAUCGCCACGGCUGCAGCAGGACACGGGAGUCCACCAGGGUUUAACAAUACUGAGAGAACAUGUGACAAGGAGUUUAUCAUACGGAGAACAGCCACCAAUCGAGUCCUGAAUGUCCUCCGUCACUGGGUCUCCAAGCAUGCACAGGAUUUUGAACUCAACAAUGAACUCAAAAUGAAUGUUCUAAACUUGCUAGAAGAAGUUCUACGAGACCCGGACCUUCUUCCUCAAGAAAGGAAAGCCACGGCAAACAUCCUGAGGGCUCUUUCACAAGAUGAUCAAGAUGACAUCCACCUGAAGCUAGAGGAUAUCAUUCAAAUGACAGACUGCCCAAAGGCCGAGUGCUUUGAGACGUUGUCAGCCAUGGAGCUGGCUGAGCAGAUCACUCUCCUGGACCACGUUGUCUUCAGAAGCAUCCCCUACGAAGAGUUUCUUGGGCAGGGCUGGAUGAAGCUGGAUAAAAAUGAAAGGACACCUUACAUCAUGAAAACCAGCCAGCACUUCAAUGAAAUGAGUAACCUGGUGGCCUCCCAGAUAAUGAAUUACGCUGAUAUCAGCUCCCGUGCCAACGCCAUUGAGAAGUGGGUUGCAGUAGCGGACAUUUGCCGAUGUCUACACAACUACAAUGGUGUGCUGGAGAUCACCGCAGCCUUAAACAGAAGUGCCAUCUACAGGCUGAAGAAAACCUGGGCCAAGGUGUCCAAGCAGACAAAAGCUCUGAUGGACAAACUUCAGAAGACUGUUUCAUCUGAAGGAAGAUUUAAAAACCUCAGAGAAACUCUUAAAAAGAAUAAGAAACACUCUUCCUGGCCUUGCAGCUGCAAUCCCCCUGCCGUCCCUUACCUCGGGAUGUACUUGACAGACCUGGCCUUCAUUGAAGAGGGAACCCCGAACUUUACAGAAGAAGGCCUUGUCAAUUUCUCCAAAAUGCGAAUGAUAUCACACAUUAUUCGAGAGAUACGUCAGUUCCAGCAGACUGCUUACCGCAUAGACCAGCAGCCAAAGGUCAUACAAUACCUGCUUGACAAAGCCCUCAUCAUAGAUGAAGACACACUCUAUGAGCUGUCGCUCAAAAUUGAACCUCGACUCCCUGCUUGAAGAUCUGGCCUUGUCCCUGAGAAUGUGGGAAUUUCGUGUAAAGUGUGUCACACAGGGUGUGGCGGCGGGGACCCAGAGGGACAACGCCUGCCUCCGUUCACCACUAAAGAUGGAACCAGACUGCAAUUCUGUCUCCAGCCAGAGUGAAACCCAGCUGCAUGGGUCAAGGACAGAUGCUCCAGCCCUGGGUGGGAAGGUGUAAAACUCGAAGCUUAGGGAAGCCGAUGGUACAAUUUGUAUAAGGGAUAUAAUGUAGGAGAUGCUGGUAACCAUCAUAAUGAAGUGGAAGGAAGGUAAACGUCCCCUGUCCCAUGUUCUGCUAGAACUUGGGGACAAGGUCCCACAGAGAAGACCUAUAAUGUUUUAUGGCGUUCUACUAGCCUGGGCACACCUCCACCAGUCUUCUAUGACUUAAUUGCUUCUAUUACAUUCCCUUUCUGCCAAGCGUCACAGCCAGGCUGACGCUUCCUUUCUAGGCCCGACACAUAAGCAGUUUCAGUAUGCAGCAUGUGCAUGGUUCUCUGUGCAUUCUCCAUGCAUGGGAGGAGUGGCGUGCUCUGAAAAUAGCCUUGCAGGCUUUAGGCAAUGGAACAUGAAUUAAAAGAUUAAAAAAAACAAAACAAAACAAAAAAACAAGUGGAUUUGUUGGUAGCGUUUCCUUAAUUCCAAGUAAGCAGCAUCCCACAGGCUUGAGUCGGGACUUCACUGAGAGAUUGGUCCCAAGGAGCGGCCCCCUUAGAGAGACAGCUGUGGAGGCUGCAGUGAAGUACAUGUCCAUGUCAGUUAACCGACAAAACUGUGGAAUGUGAUAAGAAGGCCACCAAGUGCUAUGGAGAGUAAUGACUUUCCCUAAGCAAAAAAUGGAGGCCUAAAAACCAUCUCUGUACCUGAUUGCACUUGUUUUCUUUUUUGUAUAUUACUCUAGAAACCUUUUCUGAUGUAUACAAACUUACUUGGGGUUCAUUUUGAACAUCGGCUGUAUUUUAAAAACAAACGUCUUGUGGGGUUCUUCUUUUGAAAGCCCACGCUUCCAUUUGCUAUUGGUAGACAGUCCUUCUCCUCUCCCAGCCAUCUUUGUUUAAAAAGGGUUUGAAGAUCCGUUCUGAGUAAGACUAUUCCAAGUGCAUGGGAGAUGGCUGAUCACUCCACAGCUCUUAGAGCAGAAAACCAAAUGCAGGGGUGUACCUGCACCCCAAGCCCGGGGAAGUGACCUUGUGCUCCCCACAAUGGUCAGUUGUUCAAGGAACAGGGCUCCCCUUGAUUCCCUCUCCUAUUCUCAGGGAGACCACUGCUUUAAAGGGAGGAGGAGAUGACAGUGAUGGAUUAUUGUAUCUUGGGCCUGGCAUACCUGGCAUUUUCUCUUAGCGGCAUGAUGCUUUUUGACGCUGACCACGAAGAUUGAUCUGCCUGGCCAUUGCCCCUCUUCCUUUGCAUUUUAAUUAUGUGAUAGAGCUAACAGCUAGCUGAUGCAUUCCACUCACCAGUUCCAGGGGCCCAGCAGAAGAGCUAGCAUUGGUAAUGUGCCAUAGAACGAGAGAAGGUACAUUUUCUGCACAGUAAGGGUCAUCCCUGUACAUAACUGCAUAGAGAAAUAUAAGCUAAGUAAAAAGAAAAUAUUUAUAUUAUAUGAAUCCCACUCCAAAAAUCUUUUCACUGGUCCAUUUUAGCCAACAGUGUAGCACUAAGCCUCCCAAGGGCCACUUAGGGAUGCUUUUUCCUUUUUUUUAUAUAUAUAUAUAUUUAUUUCCUGAGUUACUUGUUUGUUCUCUUCAGUUUCAAAUAAGAGGUUGAUGCAUAAUGACGCAUGACGAAAGCAUGAGCUGUCGGAUCCUAACUGUGCACACCUUGUGACUUACUUCUCGGCGUUCAGAAGCCGAACGUUUAAAUAAUUUGUCACUAACAACCAAACACCACAAGAUCUUACAGAGGAAAAGUAAAGGUUAGCAUUCCUGAGAGGGCCACAGCAUACUAGUUUCCCGCCAAUCACUACUGGGGAAGGAGUACCCACACCCCCUUCCCCACAGCACCCCAUCCCCGCCCUUCAGAGGAUGGCUCUGUGUGCACUUGCAUUGGGAGUUGGGGCUCCUGCUUCUCCGCUGUUAUAUUGCAGAGGCCACUGCAGUCGUUCUUAUUAAAAUAAGAGGAAUUUCCAAUGCCCCUCUCCUGUUGAAAUGCAGCUUUUCCUCAGCAAGUGAUGACGCUUUUGAGCUUGUUUUCAGUAGACAGUUCAAAGCGCCCCCACUGGUCAUUUGUAGGAACUGACAUUGCUUUGCUCAGAUUGUCUGGCUUGUUAGAGGUAAAGAGACUCGGUCGUUCGUUUAUGGGUCAGCCAAGGCAGGGAUGCACAUUUAAAAACAAAACACCUCAGCUUGGUCCUGUUGAAAAUUCACCAGAGCAAUCUGUGAUUCCUCUUCUGAUUGUUGAAGCCCCCGUCCUUUGAAGCUUUAUAUGUAUUUGUGGGGUACAACAUAUGCACUCUGUGUCUGCCAAUACUCUAUGAGAUGUUCCUAAGAGCACAUGGGAGGCCACCUUCAAAAGGUCAAGUAGUGAACAUAUGUACUGUAAAGUUAACAGGAAAUCAACCCGAUUUCAUGCUUUCAAAUGAGCACGACAUUUUGUCCUGUGGGUGGAAUUACUUUGAGGGCUUCAGGGUAUACCUAAAUAAGACACCCACUCUUACUACAGAAACAAAUCUCUUACCGAAGCCAGUGCAUGUGACAGGUUCAGCAUGAAGUAUAAUGCUGUUGCUUUUCUUCUGCAGUUCCCCUGAGGAGUUUAAAGAGGGAUUUUAAAGUGCUGUGGCAAUCUUUCAGAGUGGCUCUAACAGCCUCCUUUAUUGUGUGUUUAUUGGUGCAUCUCAAAGUCCCACAUGUAAACAAAUGAAACUCAUGAAAGAGAAAAGCCACUGUAAACAUUUGAUGUGACCAUGGGCUUGCCCUCUUCUCUCAUGUUAGGGGAGACAAGACUGUAGGCCACCAGUGACUGCAUCUGGCCUGAAGAGGAACGCAAUAAAGGGGUCACUCCUAAAAUGCUCAGCUUUCACCCUAGAUCCAGGAAAGGUGCAAAGCUACACAGAGAAACCCUGUCUCAAAAAAAACAAAAAACAAAACAAUAAAAAAAAAGAAUUUUACUUAGCUUUUCUUUUCAGUCGUUAAUGUUAUUCCCCCAUGAAAAGAUCUCUUAUUUUAAAUAUGUUUCUUUUAAAUCUCAACUUGCAAAAUUUAUCAUUUUUACUACUGUUGAGAUGACAUAAAAGAUAAUAUCCUAUUUUUAGCCAGGCUGAUGUCCACAGCUGGAGGAAAUUAAUGAAUGGAACUCAUUUUCAUUUCUGUGAGAAAUAAGAUUGUAAGUUUAGUGAUCUGUUUAAAGACAUCACUACGUGAUUCCUAGAAUAAGUCUGUGGUGGGGUGGUCUGUAACCAGCAUCCUUGCAGAGGCCGCUGUUAGCUUACACCAGGUCAGAGCAGUAGACAGGGACCUUUUGUUAUAGGGACAGACACACGAGUGACCUAACUGUUUCCAUCUCAGCUGCCUCGGGGCUCGAUGUUAAGAUUAGGAUUGACCAUUCUUGAUCGGAUCUGCUCAAAUAAUCCCCCUCCUUCACAAUGUCGAACCACUGUCUUUCCACAACCCAUUUCAGUCUUCACCAGAAAGCUGGUUCUGAAAGCGCACUGGACCAGACCUGAGUCUCAGCCUAGCUCUGCAUCGUCCAGCUGAAGAAACUUAGGCCAGUGUUUACACCUCUGUGUCUCAGUUUCCUCAUCUAUAAAAUGGGAUUAAUCAUAAUUCCUGUGCUGUCUACCUCACUGGGCUGUCCUGAGGACCAAAGGGGUCAGAAUGUAAACUUUAAAGUGCUGUACAAUUGUGAGGUAACUGAGUACCAUUCUGAGCUCUCUUUUACAGAGGAAUUAAAUGUACUUAUUAUUUGUAUGUAUGUGCGUGUUUGUGUGUACAAACACAUGUGUUAGUCAGAGAAACACAUUGUGUCUGGUUACUUUGUACAUCUGCUGUCAUUUGUAACUCUAAUGAGGGAUUUGUGCUGUGGCCUGGCACUUGCCAAGUGAGGCGUAGGUUAUGCCGACAUGCAAAUUAAACUUCGCCUUUCUUCAGUA